UGGCUCAGAGCCCAGGAGAAAAGAGGGGAUGGAGGCAGAUGGUGUCAUGAAAAGAACAUGGUGCUGGUCAUCACAAUUUACAUGUAGACACUGCCACUUACUAGAUUUGUGACCUUGGAAAAGUCACUACCAGCCUCUGAAAAUUGUUACGAGGAUUCAAUGAGAAAAGAAACAAGUGGGGCCUUAUACCCAGUGAGUGCUCCGUAAUGUUAGCUUAAUGUUCUCACUUUCUCCAGGUCUGCUCUGGACUCAACUGCGUCCCUUCAAAGUUCGUAGGUUGAAGCCCUGACAUAUAGGGUAAUGAGACUGUAUUUGCAGAUAAGAGUCUUUAGGAGGUAAUUAAGGUUAAAUAAGCUAUAGGAGCAGAGCCCUGCUCCACAUGGACUGUGGCCUUAUAAGAAGAGGGAGAGAGGAAGAGAGGGAGAGAGGGAGAGAGGGAGAGAGGGAGAGAGGGAGGGAGAGCCCUCCCACUCUCCAUCAUGUGGGGAUACAGUGAGAGGCAGCUGUUCACAAGCCAGGGAAAGGGCUCUCACCAGAACCUGACCAUGCUGACACCCCAUCUCAGACUUCCAGCCUCCAGAACCAUGAGAAAGUUAAUUUCUGUUGCUUAAGCUCCCUGUCUAUGGCGGUUCGUUAUGGUGGUUCAAAAACUGCUCUUAGAGAUGAUGGAGUGCAAAUCUUAACUGCAAUGACAUCCGAAGAAUGAAUUUAUGAAAGGGCAAAGGAAGGGAAUGGGAUAACUAAACAGGACUGGGGGUUUGAGCAUUUUCAUCAGUGAGGCUGGUCUCGAUCCAUUUGCUGUCUGGCCGUGAAUACUUGGAUGUACAAGUACAUCCUGUGUCCAGGAUGCACACAGCCUCACAUGUGUCAAAACUCUACAGAUGGUUUUCUGUGUGGUUGAGGAAAACAUUUUCUCCUUUUCAUUCUUACUGUUGCAUGAGAGAUGGAAGGACACAUAAACUCUAAGAAAGAAAGAAGAUCAGUAGUGGCCAGACCGGGGAUACAAGCGCCAAGAGAUGGCAUAAUAAGGAAAGAAAGGCAAAGUAUACUCCUUAAAAGGAGAAGGAAACAAGUCCAAGAACCCAGGAUAGAGGACGUGGCAUCAUCCCAUCAACAGAGCUUUCUGUGCGAAAUGCUAUUCGGGAUGCUGGAAAAUACUUCCUCACAAUUUCAAAGCCUGCAAGUGUUGAUAAGCACGACCUCCAUGCAGAAUGCAUUUGAUCUUCCCACCGCAGAAUGAGGCAAGCCCGGCAGGACAGGGAUUAUGUCUCCAGGGAGGAAACUGUGGUUUGUAAUGCUUCAAUGAAGUUCCCUUGGCUGACGAGUGUUAGAGGCAGUAGCCAAGCCUUGAUUUUCUGAUUCCAGACCCAGUGUCCUUUCUGUGGCAAAUGUCCAAACAUGCUCUACCUUUGCAUCUGAUCUUGACCUGGUUUUCCAAGGUCAAAAGUUUUCUCCGUGUCCUGUCUUCUUCCUUGACCCAAGGAAAUUCUCUGCCCCAACAAGUCAGAUGGUUUGUUGGAUGGCUUCUUCCAGAACAGAAAAUAACCCUGAAUGGACUAUGAGAACAGAAAGGGACAAGAGAAGCAUGUAGAUUGGGCCCUACUGACAAAAUCCCAUCGUGGGGUAUAACUGGUCUCCGCCUUGAUGAAGUUCUCCCUCAGUGAUCCCGAUACUGCGAGGCCACACAAACACAACCGUUAUUCUGACUCCCACUUUGCAGCCCUGAGAACUGAGAUUCAUGACACGCCUUCUAAAGAUCAAGAGCCAGAUGCCAAAUCUUUGUCUGUCUCGACCUCCCUAUAGGGGACGGAGCUCUGGUGUGACAGUCAGGAGGCUCUUGGGGUCCAGUCCUCCCACUCAUACCCCGUGCACUCCUGGUCAAGGCUUGUAAACCCUGGGUUUCAUUUCCUUCCACUGUGAAAUGAAGGGACCGGAGGGCACGGUCUCUGAGAACGUUCUCUGAAGUGGCUGGUAAGAAAGCAAUCACAAAUAUUGAAACAAAAUAUGGUCCAGAUUCUUCAUGCUGGUUCCCAGAUAUGAUUCAGGGAGGGAGCCAACAGAUAGAGGAGGCUACUUAUUUUUGCUGGUGAGGUCGACAGAUACUUCUUUCGAGCUCGAUCAAACAGGAGGUCUGUGCAGGCCACAGCGUCAUUGCACGUCAUGGGGCUUGCGUGCUCCCUCUCUCCCAGCCACUGCUCGAAGCCCGGGAGAACGUUUUUGAAACCAAUCAGGAAAUUACUUAUCAAUCUGCAGCCCCGCAGAGCUAUCAGGCUCCUCGCUGCCAAAGGGAAGGGGAUUUCGAGUUAAAGCUCCACAUCUGCGUGCACUAGAAUUCAAAGACUCCAGCUGUUGGAAGGUCUUGCGAGCAACAGCCAAAGAUGUUUAUCUUGCUCUAUGUUACAAGUGUUGCCAUUUGUGCCAGUGGACAGCCUCGGGGUAAUCAGUUCAAAGGAGAGAGCUACUCCCCAAGAUAUAUCUGUAGCAUCCCUGGCUUACCUGGACCUCCGGGACCCCCUGGAGCGAAUGGUUCCCCGGGGCCCCAUGGUCGGAUCGGCCUUCCAGGACGAGAUGGUAGAGACGGCAGGAAAGGAGAGAAAGGUGAAAAGGGGGCUGCAGGUUUGAGAGGUAAGACUGGACCACUGGGCCUUGCUGGAGAGAAGGGGGACCAAGGAGAGACUGGGAAGAAAGGACCCAUUGGACCAGAGGGAGAAAAAGGAGAAGUAGGUCCAGCUGGGCCUCCUGGAGCAAAGGGGGACAGAGGAGAGCAAGGGGAUCCAGGGUUGCCUGGAGUUUGCAGAUGUGGAAGCAUCGUGCUCAAAUCCGCCUUUUCUGUUGGCAUCACAACCAGCUACCCAGAAGAAAGGCUACCGAUUAUAUUUAACAAGGUCCUCUUCAAUGAGGGAGAGCACUACAAUCCUGCAACAGGCAAGUUCAUCUGUGCCUUCCCAGGGAUCUAUUACUUUUCUUAUGAUAUCACAUUGGCGAAUAAGCAUCUGGCAAUCGGGCUGGUGCACAACGGGCAGUACCGGAUAAAGACCUUUGACGCCAACACUGGGAACCAUGAUGUGGCUUCGGGGUCCACGGUCAUCUAUCUGCAGCCAGAAGAUGAAGUCUGGCUGGAGAUCUUCUUCACCGACCAGAACGGCCUCUUCUCAGACCCGGGUUGGGCAGACAGCUUGUUCUCCGGAUUUCUCCUGUAUGUUGACACAGAUUAUCUAGAUUCCAUAUCAGAAGACGACGAGCUGUGAUCAGGACUGCCGUCCUGAAUGUUCCAAGAUUUUUGUGGCAGACACUUUGACUUAAUCUGGGGCCUUGGAAGGUGGAGGAAGCAGCAAUGAGAUCCAAAGAGACUCCCACUCAGAUUCCAAAGCAUUUACAGAAAAUUCUAGCAGAAUCUAUUAAAACAAGAUGAACCACCAAAUGGUUGAAACCACACCAAGAUGAAUUAUAUGAAACAAUAACCCCAGAUAAGAAUCCUCCUGAAAACAAUGUUCAUAAAUAUUUAAGCAAAUUAAAGACAAUGUUAACAAAUUUCUGUUAAACUCCCUGAGUGAUAAAAUCAGCUGGCAAUGAUAUUGUCUCAUUAAAUCUUCAUAAAAUUACACUUUUGCUUCUUAUUUAAGAGAAUCAUCACACCCCAGAGUCUUUAACAGUUCUCAAAAGUCAAAAACUAAAGGUAAGAGAUACUAAGUGAUUGCAAGUAAGCGAAAGUGAUAACUUUCCUUUUUUUGUUGUUAUGCAUUCCUUCGUGCUCAUAUCUGUAUUCACUCAACAGCUCUUAAAUACGCCUGUGUGAGCCAGACACUGAGGUGCUAGGUCAGAUCUGAUCAUGAGUUUGGACAAAAGCUGUGCCUUCAUUCGGCUGGUGUGUGAGGAGCAUGCUGUCACAAUUCAGGGAGAUGAGCACCUGACCAACAGACUGACUCCAAGCUGGACAUACAUGGGACCCGCUCUUCCUGGGGACGGGGGCCAGAGAAGGUUUCACACGUGGAAAAACACUAACCAUGCUAAGUUGUGUGUGUUUAAGGAAGUGGGAGGGAUACAAAGGAAACAAGGAAUUCUGCAGCUGCAUUUACCCCAUCCCAUCCUCGAAAUACCACUGGCAUUCGCAAUCAGAAAAGGGUGGAAAACCCAGAGAUAAAGGAGACCUGGGAAGGGUAAUGGAAAUGAAGAGAAACAAGUUACUGAGAUCAGCCAAGAGGUCAUUCUCCUAAAUUUGUUUAGCUUGAUGGUUUCCAAGACAAUUAUUAUUCCUCUUAGCUUGCACACGAGUGAGGACACUACCUUACAUUGGUGGGAAGCAUUAUUUCUCAUGGAUUUCCGAGGUAUUGAAUCCAAAUAAAAGUGAAGCGUAUGUGCACUGAUUUAUAGUGAAACGGUGGCAGUGAACAGGAGGAGGAGGGAAAGAGACCAGACGUCUGAGCAGGUAACUGUCGCUUCCAAGCCUCAUGGCCCCUGCAGUCCCGCUGUCCCUGGGGGACAUGAUUCCACAUGAUUUUUCAUGAUUUCUACUGACAGUGAUAGGAUUCCCUUACUCUCUUUUUGGUAGCUUCUUUUUUUAAUGUUUAUUUAUUUAUUUUUGAGAGAGAGCAAGGGGGGAGGGGCAGAGAGAGAGGGAGAGAGAGAAUCCCAAGCAGGGAUUCAAACCCACAAACCAUGAGAUCAUGACCUGAGCCAAAAUCAAGAGCCAACGCUUAACUGACUGAGUCACCCAGGCUUUUUGGUGGCUUCUAAUUUUUCUUCCAUGCUUUCUCUCUUUGCUCACUCAGUAAACGUUUGUAAUGCUUCCUAUGUGUGAGUCACCGAACUGGGUUCUGUGAAGGUAGAGGAAUACCAAGGUAAAUCUGUCACAGCCCCCUGCCACCACAUGUCUAAGGAUACAAGAAGGGAAAUGACAUGUGUACACAUAGACAAAAUACCAAGAAUUCUAGAAACGAACGGGCUAAAAUAUGCUAAGUUCUAAACUGGACAUAGAGACCAAUGGUCUGGAAGAAAAACUGAGGGGGGCAGGUGUAAAAUUGAGCGGUGAGAGAGGAGGCCUGGGGAAAAUCUCCUCCACCCUCUGGUCCUUCAGUGGUAGGUGGGACUUGGAAUAGCCAAAGUGGGGACAGCGGUGACAACGGGGACAAAGCAUGAAAGUGAGAACAGAGACCCAGAAGAGCCUCAAAUGCCAGUGUGACGAUUGGGGACUUCAUUUAUGAGGAACCCUGGAGCUCCUGUGUGCCCCAGAGCUGGGCGCUGCCCUUAUCAGCAAGGACAUUUGCCAUGAUCAAGCAGCUGUGCACAAGAAAAUGCUAGCUUCUGUCAUCUCCAGACCUAUCUCCCAUCAUCCUCUUCCGCCUGCCUUGCUUUGCCCACUUGUUGGCCUCCAUCUGAGUCAGGACACAGGUCUGGAAGGCUAAGGGCAAUGAAAGUAUACAAAGAAGAGAAAGCAAAGGUGGUUUGAGAUAGUCACCUGCCUCUAGAUAACAGCGUAACCUGGAAGGCCAGGCUACAGAGGGUAAACACAGCCAAGAGCAGAAGCUGAUCUGGGGAUCAUGAAACUAUGGGCCCUUUGAAGACAGUGGGAUGUGCUGGGAAAACUGGCAAUGGAGGAGUUAUUGCAGACAGUCGUGAGCUACAAGGUUGUUGUGUAAUUGAGAACUUUUGCUGAUCGUGAUCCAUUAAUGCAUUCAUUUUUUUUCUGGAUGUUGUUUACUUAUCUUGUAAAUGUUUCUUUCAUUACAAAGCCUAUUUUGAGUAGCUUUCUUAAACGCAUGUUUCUUCAGCUGGUUCUAGGCCCAGAGAUGAACUUUAUUUUGAAAUAUCUGGUGGGAUGGUGAUGGGGAUCAGAGAGCUUAAGUAGGAAGCAAAAGGGUAUUUUGGUUUUAAAAGGAAAAACUCCUUAAGCAAACAUGGCUGUCUUUUAUUCCGAAAAAAAAAAAAAAAAAAAAAAAAAAAAAACCAAAAACGACAGAUACAACAUAUCCACAUUUGUGGGUAUUUGUGUAAAGAAAAUAGAAGACAGAUUUUGGUUUAAAAAAUUCUGAUUUUUUUAGAUUCCAAUCAUUCUUCGUAAGGGCUGACUUGUGAUGAAUUUGUGCCAAGAGAGAUUUAUUGACUAUAUAACAUCUUGUUUCAGAAGGAUUUAGAGUCACUUGCAAAGACGGAUACAACACGGAAAGAACGCAUUAGUCAGAAUCAGGUGAGAGGAAAGGUGCAAAACAAAACAAAAACAAACGAAAACAGCAACAACAAGUGAGACCUACACAAACCUGUGUGGUGAGCUUGAGUGUGCCUGUGUAACACGCUUUUGGGACACGUGUGUUUCUUUGUACCUGUGCCUGCUAAAGGGCAUUCCCAGGUCACUUAUCAUUGUGAAUGAUGUUGUUUGUGGUGAAAAACGAAAGAUUCUAUAAACUCUAAAUAUACUUCUUCCCUGCCACUCUGUGAAAAAAAGAUCAUGGACAUAAAAAUAUUUCGGAAACUGA